AUGCUUGAUCAGCUGCCAGGUAUCAGUCGCUCAUAUUUCAGUUCAGAUUCUAUGCAAGUUGAUGGAGAUGUUCCAAAAUCAUUCACUAAGACCUACCCAACAGAAUUUCUCAAUACACUUGCAUUCAACGGCGUCCCUGAUCAUGAAAUCAGUCUUAAAAUUCACGCUCCAGUUAUGCUACUAAGGAAUUUGAGCCCUCUAAAUGGUCUGUGCAAUGGAACAAGAAUCAUGAUCACAUUCUUAGGAGAAGACAUCAUCAAAGGAACAAUUAUGGGUGGAACAUAUGACACAAAAUUGGUUGUCAUACCAAGAAUAGUUCUCAAUAUCGAUGAUAAGAAAUGGCCAUUCAUCCUCAAGAGAAGGCAGUUUCCUGUUCGCCUUUGUUACGGAAUGACCAUAAACAAAAAUCAGGGCCAAACACUUGAAAAGGUUGGGGUAUACCUGCCAGACCCUGUAUUUAGUCAUGGCCAAUUAUAUGUCGCGGUUUCAAGAGUUAAAUCAGCAGAUGGAUUGCGUAUCCUGAUCACCAAUACUGAUGAUGUCCCAAAUGACUACACAAGGAAUAUUGUGUACACAGAAGCACUUGAAGAUGUCAGCAUAGAUAAGGAGCAGCCUAACAAUAAUCUAUAG